CCAUAGUAACACCAUCACCGCCAAUCAUUCCGCGUCCUCGGUCCUUUUUCCAUUACAACCCUUUUUUUUUUCCUUUUUAUUUUCUUUUUCUUAAGUUUUCGGCGGAUCGUUCCAGAAAACCUUGUGGAAUCUGUUCAACGGCGCGAUUCUUUGGCAUCCCUUGAAUUCCCGCGAGUCAGCGACUCUCAUUCACAGUUCUCAUUCAACCCGUCCCAUUGUCGUCCGUGCGGUGACCGACUACAAAAUUAAUACCUUUUUUAUUAUUUUUUUAUUAUAUAUAUUAUUUUUCAAUUUGUAUUAUUCUUGAUUUUGUAUUUUUCAUUUUAUUGAAUUUUUUUUUAUUUCCUGUUAUUCGUUUUUUAUUCGACAGACAGCCCCUGCCGUCCAACCACAUUUCCACCCCCAAGAAUCAUGGAUCCCAACGCGACCGGUUUCCCUAUGUUGCAGCAGCAACAGCAACAGCAACACUUUCCGGUUACCUCCCAGAGUCCACAGCAGUUUCCUUUCUAUCCGAACGCGAUCCCUUCUUACCCCCAGCAAAAGGCUCCUGCCCAUCUUCCACAGCAGCAUUCCUUUGGUGCCAUGCCGAUGCAGGCAGGCGCCCCCGGUGGAGCUAUGAUGCCGGCGGGUUUCCCCCAACACUCUGCAGCACCCCACGCCAACUUCUCUGCUCCCUUUGCCCAGCCACCUGUUCCCGCGACAAUGAACCAAUUUAUGCCCCCGCAGACUGUAGCGACCUCGACACCCGCGUCGAACGUCCCGUCAACCACGGCGCCGUCCUUCCCUCAAAAUAUGGCUUCAAUCUCGGCGAAUAACCUGGUGCCCGCGCAGCCUCAAAGGCCCGCUCCACAGCAGAACCCUCAACAGGCGUCUGCGCCCCCGGUGACUCCAUCGCCCGCAACGGCCCGAGAGAAAGCACGUGUGACCGUUCUGCUCGAUAUCAAUUCAAUGUUGUUGCAAGAGGUCGUGAAUCUACAGGCAGCAGGCAAGGCCGGUGGUCCUCCAGCUCAGCCGCAGGACUCGAACCCGCCGUCGGAUCAGACCCCUGACACCGCAAAGGGGCCAACCCAGAAGCCCAGUCAGGAGUACAUCGAUUGUAUGCGUCGUCUGCAGGCCAAUCUGGCAUACCUGGCAACCAUCGCCGACCGCGCCAAGAAAUCUGGAGGAGUGCCUCCUACAGCACCAAGUAUCAUGACGCCGCCUCCACACAUGCCGUCUAUGAACGAAAUGUAUAAGAAGCUCGCUGGGCUGUUCCCACGCACGGCGCCAGGCACCGCCGGAACACCUCAGGGCAACGGCAAACCCAGCCCCUCUCCAGCUACUGAGACCGUUGUCUGAGUAAAGUCAAUGUUUUUGGAAUGAACCGAUAAUCCACACGUGCGCGCAGUCCCGAUUGUCGAGAAAUUGGG